UCGUUAAUUCCAUCCAUUCCGUCCAAGGCAAUGUCGAUAGUCGCUUCAAGCCUACUGCUGCCAUAGCCGCCGAAUAUGACGGCCGCCAUCACUCUGCCGCCGGUGCUCUGCUCGUCACCCAUUCCGCCGACCAGCCGAUUCAAAACAUUGAGCUGCACAAAACGAAUUUUCGACGAUGUUAAUGAACACUACUACAUUAGAAAGUCGAUGAACAACUGGGAUAAGUUUUACAAGCGCCAUCAAAGCAAGUUUUUUAAGGACAGGCAUUAUUUGGAGAAGGAUUGGGGCAAAUAUUUCUCCGACUCUAAUGAUGCUGCAAUUGCUGCAAGUGGGAAAGUGCUUUUAGAGGUUGGUUCGGGAGCUGGGAAUACUAUCUUUCCUCUUAUUGCUGCAUAUCCGAAGCUUUUUAUUCACGCUUGUGAUUUUUCAACCGAGGCUUUAGCUCUUGUUAAGUCACAUUCACAAUUCAAUGGGAAUCGGAUAAAUGCGUUUGUCUGUGACGUCGCAAUUGAAGAUCUCUGUGGCAAAAUCCUGCCAUCUUCUGUUGAUGUUGUUACCUUGAUUUUCAUGUUGUCUGCAGUUUCUCCAAAUAAGAUGCCGUUUGUGCUACAGAAUCUAAAGAAAGUGCUGAAGCCAAAUGGUCACAUUCUAGUCAGAGAUUAUGCUGUUGGAGAUUCUGCACAAGUGAAGCUGGAGAGCAGAAAUCAGAUAAUCAGCGAUAAUUUCUACUACAGAGGCGAUGGCACUUGCUCGUUUUAUUUCUCCGAAGAUUUCCUAUCGAAUUUGUUUUGUGAAGCUGGAUUCGAGACUGUGGAUAUGAGUACGUAUUGCAGACAAGUCAAUAAUCGCCAACAAAACAUGACGUUUGAACGGCGUUGGAUACGUGCCAUUUUCAAGAAGGUUGGCUCCUAGAUUCCUUACAAAAGUUCGGCAAAUUCACCAUCUUGUAGAACUUUACUUUCAAUUCCUAUUGGUCAAAAAAAGAUGCCGUAAUGAACUGGUACAUUUUUGUUUCAUUAUUUUCUCUUGCGGUUUAUUUCCUGUAACCCCAUGUAUAUAUUAUGAAUGAUAACCAAAGAAGAACUUUUGCAGGGUGAUUUUAUGCUCGAUACUAAUGGAUCGAGUAAGCCAACAAUGUGCCUGGAGAUUAUUUUCAGAAACAUUUUGCUAUUGGCUCCUAACAAUCCCAAAAUGGGGAUUUUUUUUUCACCA